AUGGUCAAUGUUAAGAUGCGAGCGUCAAAAGCCAAGGAGGAUGGAGGCAUGCCAUCCGAGAUAUCAUUUCGUCGUAUGAUAUUCGACCAAGGCGCCGUGUCGCAAAAAAUCAUCGAUGCGCCAUAUGAAGGCAAGGGAACGAACCAGGAGCCUUAUAUUGUCACCUGGCUUCCGGACGACCCCAGGAACCCGGUAGGGUUUAAAAAAAGCUCAAAAUGGUUCAUCACAUUCCUUGCUUCCAGCUCCAGUCUCGCGGUCUCUUUGGGCUCAUCCACAUACUCGGGAGGAUUGAGUGACAUCAUAAGCCAUUUCCAGUGCAGUCGCGAAGUGGGAAUCUUGGGCGUCUCGCUCUUCGUUCUCGGUUUCGCUGUUGGUCCCUUGUUAUGGGCACCCUUAAGUGAAGUCUAUGGACGUCGCGUGGUGCUGAUACUGAGCUUGAUGUUCUUCACUGCAUUCACGGCUGGAACAGCCGGCGCACAGAACAUUGAGACUCUGCUUAUUCUGCGAUUUUUUGCGGGAAGCCUCGGAUCCGCUCCAAUGGCAGUCUCCGGUGGUACUAUCUCCGAUACUUUCCAUGCUAUAGAUCGCGGCCUUCAUAGCAGUCUGUACGCAGCGACAGCAUUUUUGGGACCAUCUAUCGGGCCUAUCGUGGGUGGAUUUCUCGCUGAUGCUGCAGGCUGGCGGUGGUGCCAGGGAUUACAGGCGGCUUUUGGUGGCUUUAUGUGGUUAACGGUCAUGAUGUUCUUGCCUGAAACAUAUGCUCCUUUCUUAUUACGAGAGCGGGCAAAGAGGCUGUCAAAUAUAUCUGGCAAAGUGUAUUGCUUUCAACGCGAUAUUGAGCAAGCCGAGAUAUCAACAAGAACUAAGAUCAAAACCAUUAUUUUCCGACCAUUUAUCUUGCUUUUUUGCGAGCCUAUUGUGCUCCUACUAAGCAUCUAUAUUGCUAUCAUCUAUGGGACAUUAUAUAUGCUUUUCGACGCAUAUCCUAUCGUCUUCCAGGAUGUCCGCGGCUGGAGCCCUGGGAUUGGUGGCCUAGCAUUCAUAGGAGUAUUAGUGGGAAUUCUCUGCUCUGUCACCUAUAAUAUUCCCGUCUACUAUAGGUAUAGGAAGAGAACCCUCGAGUCGAAGACACGCUUAGCCCCAGAAGCACGUCUACCACCUACAUUCUUGGGCAGUAUUCUUCUUCCUAUCGGCCUGUUCUGGUUUGCUUGGACAAACUAUCCUUCUAUUCACUGGAUGGCAUCGAUCGCUGCUGGCGUGCCGUUUGGCUUUGGGAUGGUGACAGUGUAUAUGCCGAUCCUUACCUAUCUGAUGGACACCUAUACCAUUUAUUAUGCCUCGGUUGUGGCUGGGAAUUGCCUUCUAAGGUCAUUAUUUGGAUGCAUAUUCCCGCUUUUUACCUCAUAUAUGUACCAAAACCUCGGAAUCCACUGGGCAUCAUGUGUUCCAGCUUUCCUUGCACUUGCGUGCACACCGAUGCCUUUCUUGUUCUACAAGUUCGGCUCACGGAUCCGAAAGAAUUGUCGGUAUGCUGCCGAGGCGGAUGCUUAUAUGCAAAGUUUAGAAGCUGCAAAAGCUUUGCCGCUUGAGGAGCUGGCCAGCUGUGAUGAAGAAGUGAAUAUAGUUUAG